UGUUGUUGGAUCUGGACUAUCUCUCCCGUUUUUAGGCCUGUUGGGAAGAACACUUGGAUGCAUCUGAAAGAGGAAAUGGAACCAGUGACCUUUGAGGAUGUGGCUGUGAACUUCAGUCCAGGAGAGUGGGCUCUGCUGGAUUCUUACCAAAAGAAGCUCUACAGAGAUGUGAUGACAGAAACCUUUAUGAAUCUGAUCUCCACAGGGAAAACAGAAGAAAGCAUUGAAGAGGAUUAUGCAAAUGUCAGAAGAAAUAUGCGAACUCAGAUGAUUGUGAGACAUUGUAAAUAUGAAGAUAGUUUUCAGUGUGGAGAAGCCCACCACCAGAUUCCAGAAUAUGUUGUUAACAAAGAUGUGCCUUCUGCAACAGCAGUGUGUGAGAGCAGUGUGUGUGCAAGAGGCAUCAGUGGUCACUCCCCUUCAGAUGUGCAUCUCACAGAUGAUACUGGAGGGAAACCAUUUGAGACUAAGGGACAUGUGCGUGUAGCUUUUCAGUAUGAGAAACAUUAUGCAGAUUUCACUUCUUCUGAACCCUUUCACAUACUAGAAGGUCCUAGAGAGAUAGUUUAUCAAAAGAAACAACCUAAUGAAGCCUAUAGGAUUCUCACUUCUGAUCAAAAUUAUGAGAAAAUUUACAAUGAAGGUAUAUAUAAUCAGUUUGAAAAAGCUGUCCAGAGAUACACUUAUUUUCAGAUGUAUGAAAAACUCCACACUGGACUAAAACCAUUUAAGUGUAAGCAAUGUGGAGAAGCCUUUGUUCAUUUCAACCAACUUGUCUACCAUGAAAGAAUUCAUACAGGAGGGGAAUGUUAUGUGUGUAAUCAGUGUGGAAAAGCAUUUAGACACUAUUCAUACCUCCAGAAACAUGAAAGAAUUCACAGUGGAGAUACACCCUACGUGUGUAAGCAGUGUGGCAAAGCCUUCGUUCGCUCCUCACACCUUCUCGUCCAUGAAAGAAUUCACACUGGAGAGAAACCUUAUACAUGUAAGCAUUGUGGGAAAGCAUUCAGUCAUCACAGUGCCUGCUACAGACAUGAAAUAAUUCACACUGAAGAGAAGCCCUAUGUCUGCAAGCAAUGUGGGAAAGCAUUUACUUGUUCUACAUCCCUUCGCAACCACGAACGAAUUCACACUGGAGAGAAACCUUAUGCAUGUAAGCAGUGUGGGAAAUCCUUCAUCCAACGUGAUGCUUGUUACAAUCAUGAAAGAACUCACACUGGAGAAAAGCCCUAUGUGUGUAAGCAGUGUGGGAAAGCAUUUACGUGGUCCACAUGCCUUCGCAACCAUGAAAGGACUCACACUGGAGAGAAACCUUACACAUGUAAGCACUGUGGGAAAGCCUUCACCCAUUCCAGUACCCGGUAUAGUCAUGAAAGAAUUCAUACUGGAGAGAAACCAUAUGUAUGCAAAAAGUGUGGCAAGGCAUUCAUUCAUUCCAGUCACCUUAUCAGCCAUGAAAAGAUCCACACUGGGGAGAAACCAUAUCCAUGCAAGCAUUGUGGGAAAGCCUUCAUUCAACGAAAGGCUUGUCACAAUCAUGAAAGAACUCAUACUGGAGAGAAACCCUAUGCAUGUAAAUAUUGUGAAAAAUCAUUUAGGUGUUCCACAUACCUCCGCAACCAUGAAAGAACUCACACUGGAGAGAAACCUUAUAUAUGUAAGCACUGUGGGAAAGCCUUCACACAUCAGAGUGCCCGUUACCGUCAUGAGCGGAUUCACACUGGAGAGAAACCCUAUGUAUGUAAACAAUGUGGGAAAGCCUUCAGUGACUGUAGCUACCUUGUGAAGCAUGAAAGAAUUCAUUGGAGAGAAGCCUUACACAUGUAAGAAUAGAGAAGCUUUUAUGUGUUCCACAUUCCUUUAAAUACACUAAAGAGCUGACAGAAAAGAACUGAAAAAUUUACAGCAGUAUAUCUGGUGGCCUUGUCUGUAUACAACGUAUGUGUAUGAACAGUUCAUGAGAAGGCUCAGUGGGUAAAGGUGCUUGUUACUAAGCUUGAUAAUCUGAGUUCCAUCCCAGGGACCCAUAUGAUAGAAAUAAAAAAUUACUCCCCAAAAUUUACCUCUGAAUUCCAUGUACACAUGUGGGCUCACACACAAACUCACUAUUUAAAAUGUAUAUACAUAUGGAGAACAACUGAAACCUUCAAAAGUGUAGUUGUGUCCCUGAUAUGCAAGCAUAUAUAGGAUAAAAUCCAGUGGCACUGGGCAUGGUAAGACAUACCUUUUAUUCUAGCACUGGGCGAGGUGGGGAUGGUAAAGAUUAGAGAAUUAUAAUGGAUAUAGUGGAUUUGAACAGCACAUGGGAAGUUUAGUACGAGCCAGAUACAAUGUGGAAUUUUCUUUGCAAGAGGAAAAGAAAACAAAGCUAGAGAGAUGGUUCCACUCUUCAAAGCCCAUGCUGCCCUGCCAGAGGACCUGAGUUUGUUUCUCUGCAUCAACAUUGUGUGACUUACAACUAUCUGCAAUCCCAAAUCCAAGAACUGUGAUGCCCUCUUCUGGCCUGUGUAGGUAUAGAACACAUGUGAUACACAUAUAAAUAAGUCUUUUUAAAAAUUAUGUGUAUAAAGCAAAU